AUGGGUUUGGGAGUAUUUGGUUCUGUUCUGAUUUUGACACUCUUGUUCAAGCAUUUGGCGUCUCAGCAACCGAACACUGAUGAGUUCUUUGUGUCUGAGUUCUUGAAGAAGAUGGGGUUAACAUCCUCUCAAGCCAACAACUUCUCUACUUCUGUUUGUUCAUGGCAAGGGGUUUUCUGUGAUGCCAAUAAGGAACAUGUUGUUGACUUGAUGCUUUCUGAUAUGGGCCUCACUGGCCUUAUUCCUGAUACCACCAUAGGCAAGCUCAGCAAACUUCAAUCUUUGGAUCUUAGCUACAACAAAAUCACUGGCUUACCUUCAGAUUUCUGGAGUUUAAGCUCUCUCAAGAACCUUAACCUCUCCUCCAAUCAGAUUUCUGGUUCAUUGACUAACAACAUUGGCAACUUUGGUUUGCUAGAAAGCUUUGACUUGUCCAGCAACAGUUUCUCUGAGGAAAUUCCUGAAGCUAUUGGCUCCCUUGUGAGUCUGCAGAUCCUCAAACUUGACCACAACAGGUUUGCACAUAGCAUACCCUCUGGGAUUCUCAAGUGCCAAUCUCUAGUUUCAAUGGAUCUUUCAUCAAAUCAACUUAAUGGAACCCUUCCAGAUGGUUUUGGUGCUGCGCUUCCUAAGCUCAAGACAUUGAAUCUUGCUGGGAAUAACAUUUCUGGUCGUAUUUCAGAUAUCUCUGAGUUGAAGUCCAUUGUGAGUCUCAACAUAUCAGGCAAUUCGUUUGAGGGUUCUGUCAUGGGUGUGUUUCAGGAAAGGUUGGAGGUGGUAGACCUAAGCAGAAACAAAUUUCAAGGUCACAUUCCCCAGGUACAGCACAACUCUAAUUACAAUUGGUCUCAUUUAGUUUAUCUGGACUUGUCAGAGAAUCAGCUUAGUGGGGAAAUUUUCCAAAAUUUGAAUGAAUCCUUGAAUCUAAAACACCUUAAUCUUGCACACAACAGAUUUACCAGACAGAAAUUCCCACGGAUUGAAAUGCUCCCAGGAUUGGAGUAUCUGAACUUGUCCAAAACUAGUCUUGUUGGUCACAUUCCUGAUGGAAUCUCACAACUGACUAAUUUAGAUGCACUAGAUCUUUCUAUGAAUCAUCUAACUGGGAACAUUCUCUUACUGAGUAAUAAACAUCUCCAAAUUCUUGACCUUUCAAACAACAAUUUGAGUGGACCAGUCCCUCCAUCUGUCUUAGAGAAACUCCCCCAGAUGGUGAAAUACAACUUCUCUUAUAAUAACUUAACCCUUUGUGCUUCAGAAAUCAAACCUGAGAUCCUGCAAACAGCAUUCUUUGGAUCAUUGAACAGUUGUCCAAUUGCUGCAAAUCCUCAUAUUUUCAAAAGAAGAGCCACUGGACAUAAGGGAAUGAAGCUAGCUCUGGUACUGACCUUCUCAAUGAUCUGCUUGCUGGCUGGCCUUUUAUUUCUAGCAUUUGGUUGCAGAAGGAAAACAAAAAUGUGGGAAGUUAAGCAAUAUUCAUACAAAGAAGAACAGAAUAUCUCAGGUCCCUUUUCAUUCCAAACUGAUUCAACAACUUGGGUGGCUGAUGUUAAGCAAGCAACAUCAGUCCCAGUAGUAAUCUUUGAGAAGCCAUUGUUGAAUAUUACAUUUGCAGACCUCUUGUCUGCAACUUCAAAUUUUGACCGUGGUACCCUUUUGGCUGAAGGAAAAUUUGGUCCUGUCUACAGAGGCUUUCUCCCUGGUGGUAUUCAUGUAGCAGUUAAAGUUUUGGUUGUUGGAUCUACAUUGACAGAUCAAGAAGCUGCAAGAGAGCUAGAGUUUCUUGGUAGAAUCAAGCACCCCAAUCUUGUUCCUUUAACUGGAUAUUGUGUUGCUGGGGAUCAAAGGAUUGCUAUAUAUGAUUACAUGGAAAAUGGUAACUUGCAAAAUCUGCUUUAUGACUUGCCACUUGGGGUACAAAGCACAGAUGACUGGAGCACAGAUACAUGGGAAGAAGCUGACAAUAAUGGGAUUCAAAAUGCUGGCUCUGAAGGAUUACUCACAACUUGGAGAUUUCGCCACAAAAUUGCCCUCGGCACUGCUAGAGCAUUGGCAUUUCUGCAUCAUGGAUGCUCACCUCCAAUAAUUCACAGAGCUGUUAAAGCUAGCAGUGUCUAUUUGGACUAUGAUCUGGAACCAAGAUUGUCUGAUUUUGGAUUGGCUAAAAUUUUUGGAAAUGGCUUGGAUGAGGAGAUUGCACGUGGUUCACCUGGUUAUGUUCCCCCAGAGUUUUCUCGACCAGAUUUUGACUCCCCAACACCAAAAUCUGAUGUAUACUGUUUUGGGGUUGUUCUCUUUGAGCUACUAACUGGAAAGAAGCCAGUUGGAGAUGAUUACCCUGAUGAUAAAGAAGCAACUUUGGUAAGUUGGGUCAGAGGACUAGUAAGAAAAAACCAAGCUUCAAGAGCUAUUGAUCCAAAAAUUUGCAAUACAGGACCAUAUGAACAAAUGGAGGAGGCUCUCAAGAUUGGCUAUCUGUGCACAGCUGAAUUGCCCUCCAAGCGACCAAGCAUGCAGCAGAUAGUUGGACUUCUAAAGGAUAUUGAACCUACUGGUAGCUAG